GAGCCAAGGAAGGAGGAGGGGAUAGAGGAAAUAGCAGGAAAAUAAGGCUGGAGAAGUGGGGAGAGAUUUGAGAAGCUGGAUGAGUUGUUCGCUGUGUUAUUGCGAGGAGCCAAGUUCCUUAAGCAUCUCCUGGUGGAUAUUAAGAGGGAGCUGCGGAGGCUGGAGCGCUCCCCUGGACACUCGCAUGCUGUAGCUUUAAGACUGUUUUACAGAGGACUCGGGAUUUCCAGUUUUUCCUGCGCCUGGUGGAGUAUUCCAGGGAGUUACAGGAUUUUUCGGGUCAUGUACCCCCUUUUCCUUUCUUCUUCCUCCUUUCUCUUUCUCUCUUACUCUUCUUUUUCAUUUCAAAGAGACAAAGCUACUUCAGUUUGGAGCACAAACAUAUGAUCAGCACAUGGAAAUGUGGUAAUUUGGAUGCAUUCAUGAUUGCAACAGAUUGAAGAAAUUAGACCAGACAAAGAGCUUUUUUUGGAAGAAGAGGAGGAGGAGGCAAGGCAAGGAGGGAGGGAGAGUGGGGGAAAGAAGGGGACGCCACCGAAAAAAGGGACGGCCGUGACACGCGGAUGCUAAAUAUAUCCCGUAGUAAUGGAGAGGGACCGGAUUUCAGCUCUGAAAAGAUCCUUUGAGGUUGAGGAGGUAGAUCAGUCUUCAAAUUCUUCCACCCCACAAAGACGGGCCCCAAACACCCUCCUCAGGUCCACCGUGUCCAGCUCCACGCAGAAGUUUCAGGAACUCGGCGCCAGGAAUUCGGAACCAUCCACCCGGCAUGCGGAGCCCACGGCCCAAAGAUCCCCCAAGCCCCCUCUGAGGAGAGUGGAGCUCUCUGGCCCCAAAGUGCCCGAGCCGGUGUCCAGGAGGACGGAAAUCUCCAUCGACAUCUCCUCCAAGCAGGUGGAGAACUCCGCCUCGGGCUUGUCGCGGUUCGGCCUCAAGCGGGCGGAUGCGGGGCACAGAGCCCCCGAGCCGGCGGCCAGGAGGACUGAGAUCACCCUGGGCAAGCCCCAGGAGCCGCGCAGGGCCGAGGCGCCGGCCUCCAAGAUCCCCGAGCCGCCGCAGCGCCGCGCCGAGCCCGGCAUCGCCAACGCCGCCAGCGCCGCCGCGCCCGACGCGGCCCCGCGCCGCCCCGAUGUCCAGCUGGGCAAGGCGGCCGAGCCACCAGCCACGAGGCCGGCAGAGAGCUCAGACCAUGCCCUGCCCGCCCAGCACCACCUGGCAGAGCCAAAGCCACAGCCGGGGCCCGUGGAGAGCCCGCCCAAGAGAGAAGGAGGUCCCGAGGCCGUUCCCAGCCACGCUCCCGGCAUGACGGACGCCCCGCGCGAUGCCGGCCCCAAGCAGGCGGCGCCGGCACGGCCGGACAAACCGGCUGCGGACUUCGGCUACGUGGGCAUCGACGCCAUCCUGGAGCAGCUGAGGAGGAAAGCCAUGAAACAGGGCUUCGAGUUCAACAUCAUGGUCGUGGGUCAGAGUGGCUUGGGGAAAUCCACGUUAAUCAACACCCUCUUCAAAUCCAAGAUCAGCCGGAAAUCUGUACAGCCAACUGCUGAGGAGAGGAUCCCCAAGACCAUUGAAAUCAAAUCCAUCACUCAUGAGAUUGAGGAGAAGGGGGUUCGCAUGAAGCUGACAGUCAUCGACACGCCGGGCUUUGGGGACCACAUCAACAACGAGAACUGCUGGCAGCCCAUCAUGAAGUUCAUCAACGACCAGUACGAGAAGUACCUGCAGGAGGAGAUCAACAUCAACCGCAAGAAGCAGAUCCCCGACACGCGGGUGCACUGCUGUAUUUAUUUCAUCCCAGCCACGGGCCACUCGCUCCGGCCGCUGGACAUCGAGUUCAUGAAGCGCCUGAGCAAGGUGGUGAACAUCGUGCCGGUGAUCGCCAAGGCCGACACGCUAACGCUGGAGGAGAGGGACCACUUCAAACAGCGGAUAAUGGCUGAUCUCCUGGCCAACGGGAUCGACGUGUAUCCCCAGAAGGAGUUUGAUGAGGACUCCGAAGAUCGGCUGGUGAACGAGAAAUUCCGGGAAAUGAUCCCGUUUGCAGUGGUGGGCAGUGACCAGGAGUACCAGGUGAAUGGAAGACGAAUCCUUGGGAGGAAGACCAAGUGGGGCACCAUUGAAGUGGAGAACACAACACACUGUGAGUUCGCCUACCUGCGAGACCUCCUCAUCAGGACACACAUGCAGAACAUCAAGGAUAUUACCAGCAACAUCCACUUCGAAGCCUACAGGGUGAAGAGGCUGAACGAGGGCCAGAGCUCUCUGUCCAACGGCGUGGCCGACAAGGAGCUGGCGGCCCACGAGAUGUGACCGCGCCGCCGCCGGGACCGCGCUCGCUCCUCCUCCCCUCUGCCCCUCGAUUUUUAUAUCAAUCCUCUGCCACUGCCCCUCCCGCCCUGCUCCCUGCCCCCCUGCCUGUUCACUGACCAAAUAACCAGACGUGCAGCGGGGUGGCCGCUGUCCCCCUGCUUUGUGCCAUGAGCUGUGUGCUCAGCCCCAGGGCUGGGGACCGUCCCUCUGCGGAGGCCAGGCUCUCGCUUGUCCCCAGCUCUCCCCCAGGGGAGCAGAGCUGUGGGGCCAGCAGGGUUGGGGUGCCCUGGGAGCCCUUCCAGCCCCUCCCUGCAGGGGCUCUUCUCCGUCCAUUGAGGGCCAGGGUUCCUCUGGGUGAGUGCAGAAUGAAGCAAGGCGCGGUGGGAUGAAGAGAGCAAGGCAGCGCCGUCCUUGUGUCCUGCCGCCUCCUCCGAGCCCUCUGCAGCCCUCUGGGACCUGCCAGCCCCCAACCCCGCCCCUGUACCCCUUCUACAUGCAAUAAACUGGGAGUGUUUAGGUGUCACCUCGCCUGUCACCCACCCCCGGCCAGGCAGAGCGACCUGCUUUGGGAGAAGUGCCUUUUCAGACUGUGACCUUGCAAUAGUGUGGGAGAGGGGAGGGAGGGGCUGUCUUUGCAGCCUGUAAAAGGCUGUGAACCUCCGUGGAGGCUCUGGUUCCCUCUCCCUUGGGCCAGAGCUGUGGCUGAUGUGCUGGGAACACUCGUGUAUUUAUUUGUCAUUCAGUUGGGUGGGUCUUUGUCGGAGUGUGUUUGUCCUGGGGGGGCUGAGCGUGGAACUUCGUCUCUGCAAAGCAGCGGUGGGAGGCAGAGGUUGUCCUGUCUGACCCUUGUGAUUCUUGGGCUUUUCCCUACAUCAGAGGAGGCUCUUGGGUGUCUCUUAAUUCCUUCUCAUUGCCUGGCUCCCCUUGUGUGGUGUGUAUCCAGGGAAAAUGCUCCUGUUUUUCUGGUCCUUGUGCAGGGGUCUGUGCAUGUGCUGACCCAGCCCUGCAGCUGUGGGGGGCUGGGGCUGUUUGUGGGUGCUGCUCCCCCUGCUCUGCCCCCACACCCUCCUCUCUCUGUGUCUCCAGUAAAGCAGACCCUGCCAGCCUUAGGUAGCACUGUGACACAGGAGCAGAGCUCUGCAGUCCUGCCCCUCUCCCCAGCUCCCCUCGCCUUUCUGGUGUCCCACCUGUCCCCCAAUCCUCUCUAAGGGAGAAAAUCUUCCUGCAAAUCACCCAUUUUUGGGGGCACACCCUGAAGUGGCAGCGUGGCCCAUCCUCUAGCACUGGAAGGCACCUGCAGAGCCCACAGGGGACAGAGCCUGGCUCAGCACCAGUGACCAGGAGGAGGAGGAGGUUCCUCUCCCCUUGCUGGGGAUGCCCAGGGGAUCAGGGGCUCCCCAAACAUCCCCCCCAGCAGCCAAAGGGGUGUGGGGUGAGAAUCCCUUCUCUCCUUCACUCCUAUUCCCCCUCCACAGCAGCCCCACGGAGCUGUUGGGGAACAGCAACUCUCUACUUGCUGACUUGCUAUAUUUUAGCAAAAACAACAACAAAAAAUGUAUUAACUGAAAAAAUAUAUAUAUAUUUCAAGUGUUAAAAAAAAGACUGAAAGGGGAGAAAAAUCUCUUGUGUGAGGCACUUCUGCAAAUGCCAUCUUAAACUUGUUUUUUCCUCUAGUUGGUAUCUCAAGCUGGGCCAAGCAAGACACGCCGCUUUCUCCUUUGUAACCUGACUUUUUUUUUUUUGAAGGAAAAAAAAAAAAAGGAAAAUAAUACAAUAAAAAAACCCUUCAUCCAGAUCUAUUAAAAUGGCCUUUUGGGGGUUAUAAGCAUUAUGAAAGUUUAGUCCAUUUUUGUAUAAAUAAUAGUGUUUAAUAUGUAUUUCCCAAAAUAAAUGUUUCGAAUGCAAAUAGAA